AUUUAAUUCCACAUUUCCUCCUGUGCCUCUUUAUAAGGAGCAGUCAAAUCCGCCCAAGCUUGGACUUAAGGCUAGCUUUUGCCUUCAAGACAGCAUGAGCAUUCUACCCCUCUCUUUGUGAAGCGCUGCUUGAGAAUAGAUCUCACGUUUGCAAAAAGAGCCAUCUGGAGAAUCAGUCUGCAUGUAAAACAUUAAACGUUGAAGACCAUGGCGGCAAGCAAUGGUUUUAAAGCAGUAGCUGUUUACUGGACUCUCAUUCUAUGCUGUCCUUCAUUAACCCAUGCCAAUCUGAACUGGGAAAUACAGCGAUAUGAUGGAUGGUACAACAAUCUCGCCCAUCACAGCAGGGGUACAGUCGAUGCCCCGUUUGUGCGCCUGCUGCCUGCUCGGUAUGCUGACGGAGUUUACGAGGUUUUACAGGAACCGGAGUUACCAAAUCCCCGCCAGAUCAGCAAUGUGGCGAUGAAAGGAGAAUCAGGAAUACCGUGCGCCAAAAACCGAACUGUUCUCUUUGUCUACUUUGGGCUUCUAGUCUUUGAUGAGAUUUUGGAGGUGGUUGGAACUGGAUGCCCUACGGAAUUUCUAAACAUUCGGGUUCCUUCUGGGGACGAGAUUUUUGACCCCAACAGCACCGGGAGGGUGGAGCUGCCUUUCAUGCGGUCGCGAUGGACAACCAGCUCGGGACAAAGCCCAAACAACCCCCGGCAGCAGAUAAACCACGUCACCACCUGGAUCGACGGAAGUUCCAUCUACGGAUCCUCGCAUUCCUGGAGUGAUGCUCUGCGCACCUUUACCGAUGGACUUCUGGCCUAUGGAUCGGACAAACAGUUGCCGAGGCAAAGUGUUGGCUUGAUUCGCUUGUGGAAGUUUGUAGAUCCAGCAACCAAACAAAAUGGACUCCAGGGACUUUACGAUUUUGGAAACGCAAAAGCAAACGAGAGUCCCUUCCUCAGAGCUCAAAACAUCAUCUGGUUCCGAUACCACAAUUACCAAGCCAAGCAACUCAAAGCCCAGAACCCCACGUGCACAGAUGAAGAAUUGUUCCAGAACGCAAGGAAAAUAGUGAUUGGAACCUUCCAGCGUAUCCUGUACUACGAGUGGCUACCUGCCUUCAUUGGACAAAAUGUGACUCAAUAUGGAGGCUACAAGAAAUACAUUGACCCCAGUAUUUCCCCUGAGUUUCAAGCUGCUGCUAUUAGAAUAAUGAACUCCAUGAUCCCCCCAGGAGUCUACAUGAGGAACAGAACCUGCCACUUUCGACGUGUUCAGAAUGUUCAUGGCGGAAUGGACCCAGCGCUUCGAGUGUGCAAUAAUUUCUGGAGUCGGGAGAAUCCAAAUUUUAAGAGUGCAGAAGACAUUGAUGAUCUGAUUCUAGGAAUGGCUUCCCAAAAAGCAGAGCAUGAGGACAAUAUCGUGGUGACAGAUCUACGAGAUUAUAUGUAUGGACCUAUGAGAUUUACAAGAUCGGACGUGGUGGCCCUCGACAUCCAGAGGAGUCGAGACAACGGUCUUCCAAGUUACAACCAAGCACGAGAGGCUCUAGAUCUUCAACCCAUCACAAACUGGGCUCUUAUUAACCCUGACCUCAACAGGACGAAUCCAGAGCUCAUAAACCGAUUAGCAGCGCUGUACAACAACGACAUAUCCAAACUGGAGCUGUUUGUCGGCGGCAUGCUGGAAAACAGCGAGAGCACUUCACGACUCUUUCCCAACAUCAUCAGAAAACAAUUUGAGCACUUACGGGAUGGGGAUCGAUUCUGGUUCGAAAAUACCAAGAAUGGAAUUUUUACCCAGGCAGAGCUUAGUAUCAUUUGGGCAACAACGUUUGGAGACGUUGUACUGGCAACAACGACUGCAGAGCCAGGGGACAUUCAGAAUGAAGUAUUCUACUUGAGAGAAGGUGACCCCUGUAGCCAGCCGGCACAGCUGACCGCUGAGGAUAUGGAGCCAUGUGUUGAGGUCAGCACGCUGCACUAUUUUCAGGGCAGUGGAGCGGGUUUCGGAAUACUCAUUGUGGCCCUCUGCUGUUUUCCUUUAGCGGCUUUACUUGUGGCUUUCAGUAUAAGUAUUUCACGAAAGAGAGAAAAGAGAAGAAUGCAGCCCAAGAAACCUUCUGUGAAGAAACAAAUUUCAGCAGGAGAAAAAAUCCAAGCCUCUGAAUGGCAAGGUCCCAAGGAUGCUCUGCGGCGUAUCAACAUUUCCCUUGAUUCCAAUAAGUGCAUUAAAGUCAAGGACAAUAAGCGAUCAGUACUCCGAAACAUCAAGCUUGGAAUGCAGACCCAUUUGGAUAUCAUUCAAUCCACUGACAAGGAACAACGAGCUUUGCUGCUGAAGGUCCCCAAGGAAUAUGAUCUGGUGCUGAUGUUCAAUGAUGAAGAGGAACGCGAAGAAUUUGUGGAGAAUUUAAAAACGUACCUGGAACAACACGGCUUACGUAUGCUGGUGCAUGAAGUGAAAGAACGAACACUGUUGAAGGAAGCUGUAACAAAGCAGCAUCGAAUUAAGAUCUUGGAUACAUUUUUCCGUCGUGUGUUCGCACAGGUUCUGGAGAUUGAGGGGACUGACGUUGGGAACUUUGACAAUGAAACCACCAAGAAAGCAAAAGAGUCUCUGACCUGCGAACUGACGAGUGCAGAGUUUGCGGACGCACUGGGAGUGAAGGAAGACUCCAUGUUCGUGGAGCAGAUGUUUUUACUGGCUGACAAAGAUGGAAAUGGCUACCUGUCGUUCCGGGAGUUCCUGGAUAUCUUUGUAAUCCUGAUGAAAGGUUCCCCAGAAGAGAAAUCUAAGCUCAUGUUUAAAAUGUAUGAUGUUGAUGGAAGUGGGUCCAUGUCGAAGGAAGAGUUCUCACAACUACUCAGAUCUUUCAUCGAGAUCUCUAACAACUGCUUGUCAAAAGAUCAGAUAGAAAAGGUGAUGGAGUCAAUGUUCAAAGAAGCUGGAUUUGAAAAUAAGGAGGAGUUAAUGUGGGAAGAUUUCCAUUAUUUGUUCCGAGAUCAUUACAAUGAGUUGGAGUUGGCUCAGCUCAAUGUGAAGGGUGCGAAAGACCAGGGUCGUGGCGGAGCCACUCGAGUUUCCUUCAUAACGAAGAAAAAGCAAGAGGAAAAGGUCGAAAAUACGGAAGCCAGCCAACCGAAGGCUAACGAACUGGAAGCAAGCCAGUCGGCAAGUCAGGACGGCUUUGUUAAGGACCUGCGGAAACGAUUUGGCAAAAAAAGUUCUCAACCGGCAAGAAAAGUGUUUGCAGAAGCAAAACGGGAAAAGCAAUCCAAAAACAAAUUUCAACAGAAGAUUUAUGAAUAUAUUCAAUACAUUCAAAACCAUCAACGCCAGAUUUUUUGCGCCCUGAUCUUCUUUGCUAUUACUGUCGGUGUCUUUACUGAGCGUGCUUACUAUUAUGCGGUUUUAAGAGAGCACUCUGGAGUGCCCCAAACCACAAGAGUCGGCCUGAUCAUUGCCCGUGGUUCAGCUGCAGCAGUGUCCUUUAUGUACUCCUACCUGCUUCUCACCAUGUGUCGUAACCUCAUUACUGUACUGCGCGAAACCUUCCUCAACCACUACAUUCCCUUUGAUUCAGCCGUUGACUUCCAUCGCUGGAUUGCAAUGGCUGCUGCCUUCUUCUCAGUACUCCACAGUGCAGCUCAUGCAGUCAAUAUCUACUCAUUCUCUGCUAAUCCACUCAAUGUUCUUGCUUGCCUCUUCCCUGGUGCAAUCUAUGAUGAUGGGUCCGAAAUACCCCUGAAGUUCCACUGGUGGUUUUUUCGCAAUAUUACAGGAAUGACUGGAGUUCUUCUUCUCUUUGUAUUUUCUUUUCUACACAUCUUUGCCUUGCACUACUUCCGGCGCAUCAGCUUCCGGGCAUUCUGGCUGUCACACCACCUCUACAUCGUGAUAUAUAUCUUGAUACUCUUGCACGGCAGUGCCGCGCUGCUUCAGCCACAGCGAUUCCAUAUCUAUUUUAUAAUCCCCACUGUGAUCUUUGUUGGAGAUAAGUUUGUCAGCUACAGCAGGAAGAAGAUCGAGAUAGCUGUGGUGAAAGCUCAGCUUCUGCCUUCAGGCGUUACUAACCUGGUAUUUAAACGGCCCAGAGAUUUUGAGUACAUGUCUGGUCAAUGGGUGCGUAUUGCGAGCCUUGUCUUGGGAACAAAUGAAUACCAUCCCUUCACCUUGACAUCAGCGCCUCAUGAAGAUACCCUCAGCCUUCACAUCCGGGCUGUGGGACCCUGGACUAUGCGCUUACGGGAAAUAUACUCAGCUGAAAGUGUUUCAUCUCUUGGUGGCUACCCAAAGAUCUACCUGGAUGGUCCUUUUGGAGAAGGCCACCAAGAGUGGAACAAGUUUGAAGUCUCUGUGUUGGUAGGAGGUGGGAUUGGCGUGACUCCUUUUGCAUCCAUCCUCAAAGACCUGGUCCACAAAUCAACAGUCAGCAGCAAAAUAUCCUGCAAAAAGAUCUACUUUAUCUGGGUGACUCGGACACAGAGGCAGUUUGAAUGGCUGGAAGAUAUCAUCCGUGAAGUUGAAGAUAUUGAUCAGAAAUCCCUGGUCUCUGUCCAUAUCUACAUCACCCAGCUCGCACAGAAGUUUGACCUGCGGACCACCAUGCUUUACAUCUGCGAACGUCACUUUCAGAAGGUGUCAAAUCGCAGCUUGUUCACCGGACUUCAAUCCAUCACACACUUUGGACGUCCGCAAUUUGUUCCAUUCUUUAAUUCACUUAUGGAUGUGCACCCUGAGGUUACCAAGAUUGGGAUAUUUAGCUGUGGACCUCCUGGGAUGACCAACAAUGUGGAAAAAGCUUGCAAACAAAUGAACAAGCGGCACAAAGUCCAAUUUAAUCAUCACUUCGAGAACUUCUAACCGAACAAACCCUCUACGUGAAACUUCUGGAAAAAUUCCGCUUCAUAAAUCUUCCUUAAAGUGAAGGAAUACUUUGCAC